AUGCCAAAAUUUAACUUUUUUCCCCAUGUCAAUUUUCUGGCAUACAUAAAAAAAAUAAGUAUAAGGUAUAAUCCUUGUGGAACAUAUAAUGAUAAUUGUAGAAAAUUGAUUCAUCUUAUUGAAAAUAAACAAAAAAAAGACAAAUUCCUUAAUCUGGAUUACAAAUUAGAGUUAAUUGA